UCAUGAUAUGCACGCUCUUAAGGCUGUGCAAUUGGGCAAUUAGUUGAAAGGGGUGUGUUCAAAAAAAUAGCAGUGUCUACCUUUGACUGUACAAACUCAAAACUAUUUUGUACAAACAUUUUUUUUUUUUCUGGGAUUUAGCAAUCCUGUGAAUCACUAAACUAAUAUUUAGUUAUAUGACCACAGUUUUUUAAAACUGCUUGACAUCUGUGUGGCAUGGAGUCAACCAACUUGUGGCACCUCUCAGCUGUUAUUCCACUCCAUGAUUCUUUAACAACAUUCCACAAUUCAUUCACAUUUCUUGGUUUUGCUUCAGAAACAGCAUUUUUGAUAUCACCCCACAAGUUCUCAAUUGGAUUAAGGUCUGGAGAUUGGGCUGGCCACUCCAUAACAUUAAUUUUGUUGGUUUGGAACCAAGACUUUGCCCAUUUACUAGUGUGUUUUGGGUCAUUGUCUUGUUGAAACAACCAUUUCAAGGGCAUGUCCUCUUCAGCAUAGGGCAACAUGACCUCUUCAAGUAUUUUAACAUAUGCAAACUGAUCCAUGAUCCCUGGUAUGCGAUAAAUAGGCCCAACACCAUAGUAGGAGAAACAUGCCCAUAUCAUGAUGCUUGCACCUCCAUGCUUCACUGUCUUCACUGUGUACUGUGGCUUGAAUUCAGAGUUUGGGGGUCGUCUCACAAACUGCCUGUGGCCCUUGGACCCAAAAAGAACAAUUUUACUCUCAUCAGUCCACAAAAUGUUCCUCCAUUUCUCUUUAGGCCAGUUGAUGUGUUCUUUGGCAAAUUGUAACCUCUUCUGCACAUGCUUUUUUUUAACAGAGGGACUUUGCGGGGGAUUCUUGAAAAUAGAUUAGCUUCACACAGACGUCUUCUAACUGUCACAGUACUUACAGGAUACCGCUGCUUCAAGGCUGUAAUGUUCCUCACGGGUCUGAUGUUUGGUUCCAUCAUAAUCUUCAUGCUCUGCUAUAAGGAGAGGGUCAUGGACACUCAGCUCAGUGUGGAGGCCAGCGUGGGCAUCGGCCUGGGCAUUGGCACGUUGUGUGGUUUGGUCACUAUGCUGGUCCGCAGCGUGGGGCUUUUCAUGGUUGGACUUCUCCUGGGUUUACUGGUGGCCCUGGCUUCUCUGGUGGUUCUAGAGGAGUUUUAUCAUCCGAGGACAGUGUGGCUUCCCCUGGGUGUGCUGCUGGGUUCAGGCACGCUGUUUGCUGUGCUCACGUUGCAGUGGCAGCGCUGUUUCACCACCCUCUCCACCGCCGUCUUCGGAGCCGCUGUGGUGACUGUGACUGUGGAUUAUUUUGUUGAGCUCUUUGCUUUAACAAGGUAUAUCUAUGAGAGGGUGAAGGUGGAUGCGCCUCGCCCAGUGUGUUGGUUCACUUGGGUGGUCAUGGGAGUCUGGCCCGUGCUGGCGCUGCUGGGUGUUCUUAUUCAGUGGAAGGUCACUGCUGAAGGAUAUUCACACACAGAAGUCUUCAUCAGUCACCAGCAGAGAAGAGUACAGUUAAUGCGGAUUCGUCAAAAGGAACAAAGAAAGGAAUGCCGAAAGAAAAAGAAGAAAAAGCCACAGAUACAGCCGCCACAGCAACAGAAGUACCAUCACCCCCUUCAGACCAACCCUCAUCCCCCAAACCCUCCUCCCAAACUCCAGCCUCCGGAGCCCACACACCGCCGCAAACCCAACACCAUUCGCCGCUUCGAUGGAGAUGUGCUUUCUCCGAGUUACAUCCAGAACUUCCGUGACAGACGUACGGACAGAAGAGGCUACUCUCAUGACAGGUUGAUUGGCGGCUCACAUAUUGUAGAUUUGGACUAUGACUACGGCUCCCGAGUGCCCCUAACAGCCCAUACAGGCCCCGCAGUGAGAGGCUGACCCUGUACUCUUCACUGAACAGGAACUGCACAGCACAAACCAUUCCGAGAACUUUGCGGCCGGAUCAGAUCUAGAGCAUGUGGUUACCUCAGCCGCCGCGAUGGCUGACACGACUUUCAUACCAAAAUCGAUUUGCUGUAUUCCCAUGCUGUAUUUUUGUUCAAAUGCCACAAAAACGUUGCAGCAAAUGGAUCAUUUGUUUACAAAACACUGUGGAACCACAGUAUGGCUCAGUUCUCCUGCAUUUAACUCCAUUAUAUAUUGCUGAAGAUGGUUGUGGUAUGUUUGUGUGCUUCUCUUCCCAUAAUUAGGCUGCUGUUUCACUCCAUCCGAGAAGAAUGGUCUCAUUACCACAGAAGAACAUCCAUUAUGUACAGUCUGAACUCGGGGACCAAAUAUGGCUUUGGCAUUUUUGCGUCUAAACUGUCAUAAAGCAUGCUCUGAUUCUGUCUGGCAGACUAUUUGUAUAUCCAGUUUACAGGUUCAAGCUUCAGUCCUCCUGUUCGUUUGUGACCUUUUAAAGAUGUUUCAGAUAACAUUAUGUUUACAGCACAGGCAGGGAGGUGUGCAUCGUUUUAUAACCGUUUCAAAUGGCUUUAUCUGCUCUGUGUCAGGGACCACACAAAAUCUGUCAAACCGUGUAUGGUGAACACAAUCUCUGUUCAAUCUGAGCCUGUUGCACAAGCAUAUAAUAAAAUGUUCUGUGCGUUUAUCAUUAGCCAGUGCAUGUGGGCAAAGUGCUACCAUUGCUUUUUGUGUUGUAGUUAUACAUGUUUAAUCUGCUUUUAGUUGUUUUGUUUUUUUUCUGUUUAAGGCUUCAUAUCUAGAGACUGUUUGGGUGGCUCCCAGUUAAAUCUCAGGGGCUGUGGCAUCCAGAGGAGUCCUAACGAUGUAACUGUGAACACUUAAGGGAUUUUGUGUGACUGAUUUAAGUGUCCUUGCCUACAAGAGAGAGUUUUGAAAAUGAUUAAAGAAAGAUGCCCAAGAAGGGUGGAAGAUAUUUCCAAUGGUGGACUUCUCACAGAAAAAGAUGUGUAUUUCUGUGUGUAGAAAGCAUGAAAUGGAGAGAUAUAGACAGAGUGUCUCUGUAUUUGGAGUAUUCUCGUGGUGUGUAUGUGUAUGAAUAUGUGAAAGCAUUUGUCAUGUGAGUCUGCAGCAGGGUUCAGUCUUAAUUUCUGAUUUACCCUCAUAUUUGGAUAUGGGGUGAUUUCACACCCAGUUUCCCGUCUGUGUUUAUCAGGGCUGUUGGAGCAAUGAAGAGUCAAAGUCCAAUCUUUUCCUCACUCUAAAGUAGUGAAAGGGCUCAAAGGCUUAAAUUCCUCUGUUUACUGCAUCUCUUUCAAAGUAACAGCUUGGCUUUCCUGUAAAUUUUUGUACAUUGUCUGAAUGUAAAUAUGCUUGCAUUUCUUUUUUCUUGCUAGUGCUUUGGUUCUUUUUAUAAAGUUUUUUUUUUUUUUUUUUUUCUCUCUAAUCCGUGGUUACAUCUGUGUGCUGAAAACUGUCUCUUUGAAUUGUCCCAUUGAUAGUUAUUUGUAAUUAUAAUUUAUUUCUAAUUUAUUAGAUUAAGACUUCAAGUGGAGCUCUGUAUGUAAUUAAAUUGAUGUUGAUCAUUAUUCUUUUUUUCAUUAUUCCUGAGCAUGUAUUUGUACAAUACUGAUAACCAUAAAUGUUGUGCUCCUGAAGUCAAA